AUGACCAAGAUACCACCCAUCAAGAAGAUGCACAGUAUACCCAACGGAGCGGCCCCCUUUUAUGCCUCAGAACAUCUAACACAGGAGGCAAGAUCACCCCUGGUAGAGAACCUGGCAGUGGAGGACUACCACGGUCCCAAAUCCAUUGCUCCAGUUGAUGGGAAAGGCAGCCAAAAGAGUAACGGGACGAAAAUGUUGCAUUUCCGAGAGCCCUUGAAGAAAAUGCCCAAAAGGCAAUUAGUGCCAGACAAGCCAAUGAGGAGCAUCAAGUAUAUGGACAAGGAAAUAAUAAACCUCAAAAAAGACCUUACACGAAGCCGCAUGUUGAUUCAGUCAGUGAAGGCAGGCCGUGGAUACUUUGACAUGCUGCGAGAGGAGAGUGCCUUGAAAAAGAAGCAACAGCAACUUCAGAAACUCGAGGAGGAAGAAAGACAUAAAUUCCAGCCAGCCAAAAGGAUGUCAGAAAUCCAUUAUGGUGAACUUCUUUUAAACACAUACGAUGAUGAUGAGAAGGUAAAGAAGAUGGGCACUGGAAAUGUACUCCGCCCAUUCAUCCCCGUGCACAGCUGCAUCCUCUCACCCUCGCUACCUGAGGCUCGCGUGGAGCCCCUCUUCCGCCAGCUCUGUGCCCUCCAUUGGCUUCUGGAGGCCCUGACUAUCGACCGCACCCGCCACACCAUGAAGCCUGUGAUCGCCUGCUGGGAUCCAAAGGACCCGGGUGGAAGCAAGACUACAAUAAAGAAAAUCAAUAAGGACAAGUCCAUAGAACAGAAGUGGGAGCACUUCGUCACAGCGCCUAAGACCAAGAAACCUCCUGUACUACGUGUCACCAGCGGCAAACCAAGCUGGCGCGGUUGCACACUCAGUCUGUCUCGGACCAGUGGGGGAUCAUCCCCCCAGAGCAGCAUGGUCUCCAUGAACCCUGGCUCAGAUGAACUCCUGAGUGUGAUCACCCAGGCAACAGGCAGCAAGGACAUUGAGGACAAUGAUUCCUUUUCAACCAAGCCUGACGAAGAACUUCUCCAUAUCAAUUUGCAGAAGCUCCUGAAGAUGGUUCGGGAAGAUGCCCAGAGGACAGUCACGUUGGAAAAUAGGAUGCAAAAGAAAGCAUCCAGUAUCUUGCCAAUGAUCAGACAAAACAAGAGUGAUUCCACCAAUAAAGACAUACAGACCACCCACAAAUCAAGAUCCAGCAGUACAAGUGGAGAAAGCCACACUCAAAUCAUCCAGAAGAAGUCUAAAAGCUGCACCAACCAUGAUAUCAUCCAGUGCAAGAGUGGCGUAUGCAGCACCAUGAGGGCCAAGUUUUAUGGUGUGGCCCAGGAGGCUGGCUUCUGUCUUCAAGAUAAGAUGGAAAUCCUCAUGAAGCGCCAAGAAGAGAGAGUUCUCCAGAAGUUCCAUUCUUUCAACAUUGUCUCGAAUUUUGAAAAGGAUAUAGCAAAAAUGAGAUAUCAAGCCUCCAUGAUAAAAGGGGAUGCAGAAGAAAUUGCAGACCACUGGUACUUUGAUCUACUGUCCAAACUCCCUGAAGAUCUGAAGAAUUUCCGCCCUGCUAAAAAGAUCCUGGCAAAACUGCAGAAGUUUGGAGAAAACCUGGACCUCAGGAUUCGGCCCCGUGUCUUCCUGAAGGUGCUACAGGACCUGAGAAUCUGGGAGCUGUGCUCUCCAGAUAUUGCUGUGGCUAUCGAGUUUGUACGUGAACACAUCAUCCAGAUGUCUCAAGAGGAUUAUAUCAACUGGCUGCAGAACCAGAUCAAUAGCCCUAUCUGA